UCUUAUGUCGCCUUUCCAUUGUUCAUAACUGGAGUCAGCCGAGACGGCAUUUCACGUUUACUCUUAUUACAACCCGUUUGGUGUAGAACAGAGGGGACAAUAACACGUGAAAGACCGAGACCACGCGCCGAACUCGGGAUCAUCUCAAAAUCGACACAAGAGGAUUUUCUCUCAGGGUUCGGUGUCUUAAUUCAAUCGUGGAAAUAUGAUGGACGACGAGCAGCCCAAGACCCUGUAUGUUGGAAACCUGUCACGGGAUGUGACCGAGGCCCUUAUUAUGCAGCUCUUCAGUCAAAUUGGCCCCUGUAAGAGCUGUAAAAUGAUUAUGGACACGGCGGGUAACGAUCCAUACUGCUUUGUGGAGUUCUUUGAACAAAGGCACGCAGCGGCCUCCCUCGCAGCCAUGAACGGGCGUAAAAUAAUGGGUAAGGAAGUAAAAGUCAACUGGGCCACCUCACCAAGCAGCCAGAAAAAAGACACAAGCAAUCACUUUCACGUCUUUGUUGGCGACCUCAGCCCAGAAAUCACCACUGAUGACAUCAGAGCUGCCUUUGCACCAUUUGGAAGAAUAUCUGAUGCUCGUGUUGUGAAGGACAUGGCGACGGGGAAGUCUAAAGGCUACGGUUUUGUUUCAUUUUUCAACAAAUGGGAUGCAGAGAAUGCCAUUCAGCAGAUGGGGGGCCAGUGGCUGGGCGGCAGGCAGAUCAGGACUAACUGGGCUACAAGAAAACCCCCAGCGCCCAAAGCCACCUAUGAAACAACGAGCACCAAGCACUUGUCAUUUGAUGAAGUAGUGAACCAGUCCAGCCCCAGCAAUUGCACUGUCUAUUGCGGUGGAGUCAGUAUUGGCCUUACAGAACAACUCAUGAGACAGACCUUCUCUCCUUUUGGUCAAAUAAUGGAAGUUCGAGUGUUCCCAGACAAAGGCUACUCAUUUGUUAGGUUCAACUCCCAUGAAAGCGCGGCUCAUGCAAUAGUGUCUGUUAAUGGUACGUCCGUAGAAGGUCACAUAGUGAAAUGUUACUGGGGAAAAGAGACUACAGACAUGGUCAGCCCCAUGCAGCAGGUGCAGGUACCCCAGCAGAACAAAGUUGGCUUCGCCGCACAGCCAUAUGGUCAGUGGGGACAGUGGUAUGGCAACGCACAACAAAUUAGUCAGUAUGUCCAUAAUGGCUGGCAGGUACCCACUUAUGGCGUGUACGGACAAGCCUGGAACCAACAGGGCUUUAAUCAUUUACAGGCUGGCGCUGGGUGGCCUGGUGUCAGUGCAGUCAGUAACGGCGGUGUGGUGGAGUCUGCACAAGGAGUCAAUGGGACCGUGCUAGCCAACCAGUCCAGCAUGGGCACUGCAGGAUACCACACACACUGAUGCGCCAAUGGACAACUCUAGCUCUCCACUGCGGCUGCAGCAGGGAUUUACACACAACCCCCUCAUUCUCAACCACCCAAAAAGAAGCCUGAUAUAGGGAGGGGGUGUGCCAUUUUUUUUAAAGAGAAUUUUUUGACCCUCCCCACCCUCCACCUGUAAUUUUCCUUCAGUUUAGGUGGACUAUGAGGCCGUUCUUGCUCGUCAUUGCGGGGUCUUGAGUUGCCCAACGCUGGGAUUAAACAACACACCAUGAUACACAAACAUGUAUUCAGACGCAUUAAUGCACACCCACAUAAAUCCAUAGGUCAUCGGCCUGGUGUCCGACUGACUUAAUUGGAGAGGAAGAUGCCAUUUUAAACUCAAAAGUACUAUAAAUAAAAUUCAACUAUAACUGCAAGUUUUCCAUUUUGCUUUUGUUUUUUUUUUCAUUUGUUUAGAGCAAUUUCAGCUGCUGAUUUUGUAAUAUAUGAAGCUUUGGCUUUUUUCUUUGGACUUGCCAUUUUAAAAGCAAAAUAGUUUUCUUGAAAGGAGCGAUGACACCAUCGAAUCAUGUUUAGUGUCAAACCUUUUUUUUUUCUUUAUAAAAUGAAUAAAAUGGAUGUCAACUGUUGUAUUUUUUUAAUUAGACAUUCAAUUUUCUCAAACUAAACCAAUUGCAGGGAUGACUGCCACAUUUUUUUCCUUGACGGCAGAUAAAUAUUGCACAAUAUUAAUACGUUUUCACAAAAAAUUUGAUGUUACGCAAAUUUUAGGUAUUUUAAAUUGUUUUGCAUUCCGCUUAUUUUGAGGGCUUGUAAGUAAGGUAUCCCAUUCUGUAUGUAAAUAACCAAACAACCGUGUUAAACUGGUGGGACAGGGACGCUAUAUAAAGACAUUUCAAGUGUUGAAUAUGAAUGCUUGCUUGUUUGCUUGCUUUUUGUUUUGUAGUCGGGUGGGUGGGAUGAAGGGUUGGGUUUGGGCUUCAUCUGAACUUCAGUAUUAGCGGCUCUGUUAAAUGCUGAUCCAUGCGGUUUAAUGGAUUCUUCCUAAGUCUUGUGGGAGAACUUGCUGGAUUGCAAUGCAGUGCAAAGAUCCAGUCUGAACAUUUUUGUUAGUACAAUGAAUUUGUGUGUAAUAUCUAAAUAUCAACUUUUUUUUUUUUUGUAUCUAGACCCGAAACCUGAAUGGAUCAGAAUUUUGCACUGUUGCCCAUUGGAGUUUUAAUAGACGAGACCAAUUAUGUUGCCUUAUUUUGCGUUGAUUUCACUUGAUGAAUAAACUGAUGAUCAUAAAACAUAGGCAGUGCCUAAAAAUAAUUUGAGAUCUCAUGUUUUGAGGAUUUUUCUAAAUAAUAUUCAUCCUACCUUUUUUCGUGUUCUUGCUUUGUCCCAUUAAAAUGCAAAUAAG